AGGACUGGUGCCAGUGAGAACAAGAGAUGCUACAGCCUGAGCAAAAUCGACAAAACUAAGGAGCAGAGAGAACAGCCUGGGAUUUGCUGCACCAGGAAGAUAAAUCGAGGAAGGCAGUUUGUAUAAAACAGAGUCAGUGCCACUGUUUUUGAAAUACAGAGAGAAUUGGUAGGAGGGAAGAAAUUCAAAUCACCAAUAACAUCACGAUGGCAUCCCGAGCCAAAAAGUCUGGGCCCCUGCUGAAGGCAGAAGACUUCCAGCUCUUGUUGGAGCUCUGGAUCCAGAAGGGCCAGAGCCCCUGGCAGCCUGGCUACUUUAAGUCAGAGAGGCCUGCAGUCACAGCGAGUGAGGCCUACCAUAAAUUCUAUGUUGAAACCAAGCCAAACAGAUGCCAGUGAGAUGCCAGUGCUGCCUGGGCCCUGUGGCAGGCCUGUCUGGACAGCACAGAGUUACUGGCCCAGCGCAGGGAAGAGUGUAACGUCUGGCAGGCCAAGGGCUUGGAGUUGGAGGGUAAAUGUGAACAGCUGGAGCGGGAGAAACAAAGCCUGAAGGAGGCAUGGGAGGCAGAGAAGUUACAGAGGGGCCAUCUGGCAGUGGGGGGCCCCGAGGCCAAUGAGGCCCCAGUAGAGCAGGAGUCCCCCAGCCCGGUGCCCACCCAGGCCGAGCUGCAGCAGCGCUGCUGGCAGCUGGAGAAGGACAAGGCCCAGUGGGAGGUCCAGAAGAAGGAGCUCAAGGCAGAGCUGGGCAAGAUGAAGCAGGAACUGGAGCUGGGCCAGGGCCGUUUGGCAGCCCUUCUCAAAGCUAACCAGGAGGACCGGGAGACCCGCCGCAACCUGCAGGAGAGCUACGAUCAGUGCCAGGCCGAGAUCGAGAGCCUCCGGAAGCAGUCGGGUACACAGCAGGCCGAGCCCCGGCCCGGGAAGGAGCUGGGGCCGGCCAACGAGGGCAAGCGGAGCUACGGCCCAGCCGCGGAGCCCAGGCUCGAGGGUCUCCGACCCUGGGGGCCCAAGCAGCUAGCAGCCGAGUCUCCAACCCAGGAGGAGGUGGUCUCUGGACGCUCGGGCUGUCUCCCCCGGGGCCAGCAGGGCCAGCGCUUUAAGUGCCUGCCCAGGUGGAAGAGAAUCUGUAGGACUUGCGGCGCCUGGGGGCGGGCGGAGAGGAGACGCGGGGCCUGGGACUGUGCCUGGUGCAGGGCCCAGCCCCUGCCUUGCCUAGGCCACUUUUCACUGCGUGGGGGCCACACCUACCCCGGGCGAGCCAGGGCCGUCGCCGCAGCCUUCCCCAGGGAAGCCCCGGGAAUGCAGGAGCCCGGGAGGGUAUGGGGACCGGCUGCAGGCCCCUGGAGAGGGCCUCCGAGGCGUGGUGCUUACCCUGGCCUGCCCUGGAGGGGGGAGGGACAGCCCUUUGCCCGGUCCCAGGGCCUGGGUGUGCCGCCAGUGCAAAGCCACCAAUUACCCGCACAGGGCCGGGUGCUACAGGUGCCAUUCCCCGAAGGUGGAGGACCUUACACCGGAGAGCGGGCCAGCUUUCCAGGCGUAGGGGUCCGAAAGAUGCUCUGAUCGGGCCGGCCGCAGAGGGGCAGGCCCCGAUCUUAGCUUCUUUUCGCACUUGUGCCGUUGUCUUUGCGUCUAUAGCAGAAAAAUGUCAAUUUGUCCCCAGUA